AAACUAUUGGAGGAGGUUAGAGCAAGGCGACACACGUUAUAUAAGAUUAUACAACCCCCUACUCUCUGAAAAGAAAAAAACUGAUUCUUCCGAGUGAAGGGAGAUAAUUGCUUGAGGCUCCAUUUGCGUAAUGUGAAUCCGGCCUCAACUCUCAAGUUUCUGCAUCAAGGCGAAAACUACUCAUCAUAUUGCCCGUUUGGACUUCCAAGUACCAGAACUUGAAGAUAAAGCAGUUGCAUUUUUUAUUUUGCGGCAAAUAGUUGGUCCCAAUUGCUUUGGAAUUUUUUUUUUGGGUGAAUUCAUGGCUGUGGCUUUUACCAAUCUCACAUGGUGGUUGUGGAGUGGUGGGAAGCAUCAGGAGCCUAGAAUCUCCAAUGGGCCUUCUCUGAAUUCUUCAUCUGAUUCGAGUAUAUGGGAAUCUGAUGCUCUGAAAUUUCCAUUGGUUAAAGGAGCCAACAUGGUCUCCUCAUCAAGAAGGGUGAAGCGCAAAUGGCAUAGUCGGGAAGAGCGGAAAGUUGAUAGGGAAUAUGAUGUUGUUCUUGUCCCAUCUGAUGGGGGAUGUGUUUCAGGUUCAGAGUCCGAUGAUUCAGAUUGGUCAAUUGGAUGGUUGGAGCCUCAUGGACCUGGGUUCCAGAGUGAUGAUGACACUGAUGACAGUUUUGCUGUGCUAGUUCCAUGCUAUGGGCGUGGCUAUGAUGAUCUGGUGGAGGAUUCAAAGAAAAAUAUCUUCAGCACUGUUGGGAACAUCCCGGAUAGUUAUUUGGAUGAGAGCAAGAAUUCUAUGGAACAGUGGCUUUCUUCUCUUCAAAGUAGCUGAAUACCGAUGGUGGUGAAACGAAAAUCAAAAAAGGAAAAAAAUAAUAAUGAAAAAAGAAGAAGAAGAAUGAAAAGAGGCGUGUGUAAUUUAAGUUACUAGUAGAAAAAGGAUUGGCUAAUGUUGGGCCCAACCAAAUUUAACUCUGGGGAACAAUGAUGGUGAAGGAUGAGGGAUGGAUGGAUGGCGCUCCUAAUGUUGAGAGAGAACUUCCUUUCUUUGCCAUUCAAAUUGGAGGGUGUAAAUAUAGCCUGUGUGGCUGUGUGAUGUAAUCAUAAUUGGAGUGCUUUAGCUAGAAAAAAGAGGUGAAAAAGAAAAAAGACAGGUGUGAGUUGGCUAGAAAAUUGAAAGUGGGUUAAAAUGGAAGAUGUGUGUGAGUGUGUGCUCUUGCAAUUCUUUGUUGUAUAUAUUGCUGUAUAUAAGGGAGGCAGGCCUAUGUUUCAUUUUAAUAUCGUGUAAAUAAUGAGAUAAUUGUAAAUAUUUUGUGAAUACUAAGAUGCUCUCCCUCUCUCAAUCA